AAUGUGGUAGCAAAACACGUAAAGUUCCAUUGGAAAAUAGAUCUGAUUUCACUAUUUUAAAAUUUAGAUCUACAAAGUUGGCGUUGGUGUGUUGGCGUAAUGGGUCCCGUUUCGUCGGAAGCUGUAUCUCUAGUUGAUACAGAGGUUUACAGUCGUUGGCGUUCACCCGAUGUAGAUGAGUUAGAAUUAUGCAUGUGGAGCGCUGAUAUGUUCCUGUAUGGUAUUUCAACAAGUUAUGAAAGUUAUGGAUCAUUGAAAACAGCUAUAAGAAGGGGUGUCCCCGAUCUUAUUAAGCAUUAUAUAUGGAUAAAAGCCAAUGGAGCUGAUCGAUUCUACAUUGAGCACCCCAAUUUUUAUAAACACUCAUUCGCCACUACCUUUGGUCAACAUGUUCCUAGAACUAUGGGACAUGAUUUUGCAUCAGGGGGUAUUUUAGGACUCCACAGUGAUAUAGUGGGUGCUCCUAUGAAGGCCAAUGACAUUGAUUUUGACUCUGGUUCAAUAGAUGCCGAGAGUUUGACAGAUUCUAUCAACACGUGGCAUCGCUUGGAUGAGCCACGUCGGGCUAGCGACUGCGAAUAUGACAGGACGGAUGACGAACCGUUAUCGCGAGAGUUGUCUGUUGCAUCGCUACGUGACUUCUAUAAACCGCGCAAAUCACGUCGUGGGUAUCCUGUUUGUUCGUCUGUAGAUGGUGUCGGUACUCCUCGUAGGAGUGGUCAGCGUUCAUUACACGCUAGACAAGAUUUUGGUUUUCCUGAUGUGAUUGACGAACAUAUCGAACUAGAUCGAAAGGAUCCGUUGGACCACUAUUUAUCAGCUCUUCAUGAAGACAAUCACAAUCAGAUGAUGCUUCUCAGAGAAAAUAAGCAGAAGAUACAUGACCGGUUAAUUCCACCUAGGGAAGAUGAUUCUAUCAAGUUUAAACCGCGUCAAUUAUCGGACACACUUCUUAUGUCCAGUGUCACUCCUUUACCCAAUGUACCUGUUCACCAUUCCAAAAUCAUUGGAUCUAAUAUAUCGCCUAUGUUGGACAAGGUUGGUAAUCCCGCUGGCUUAGACACUUCAUCAAUCAUUAAAUACCUCCGCGCAUUAGAGGAUAAACGUACCGCUUUGGCCGUUAAUAAGGCCACGGAACGACCUUCUGGUUUCCGUGAAUUUUUGCGAAACAUACUUCUUCGUUGUGGCUUUCGUAUGCAUUGCGGGAAAAAUCCAAAUUCGUAUUAUUCUAAUUCAAGCCCUAGAGACUAUAGUGACGCUGAGGACGUGGUAUCCGAUAGGUCCAAUCACUCCGUGGUAGAUUUUGCAACAACAAAAGGCAACAUAACUCUUGAAAGUAAGCACCAAGUCAGUUUUUCUGGUAUAACAAAGCUGGAUUCAAUUGACGAAACACCAACUAAUGGUUCUGUAGCCUUGACGAACGACUGUGAGCCUACGGCCACCGAUAGCGGAUACAUUAGAUUUCCAUCAAGUAAGGUUGACAGCAUACUUGCGCGUCAAGCAACUACCAUGGUUUUGCAAAAUUCGGUUUAUAAGCUAUCUGACGUUACUGUAUUCACUGAACUUUUAACUGCCGAUGGUAUAGAUGAGGUUAAACGUAUUAUGUGGUGUUUAAACACCGAGUUUUCAUCAAAGAUUGAAUUCUUGCCAAUGAUACCGUCACUGUGUUGUCUUUUGAUGGUAUACAUGACACCAGAAGCUACAUUAUGCGUAUUGCAUUGUCUUAUGGCCCGAGCUGUGGAGUCGAGGGGUAUGGAGUGUGGAGAGCGCUUUUUGUUCGUCGACCGUGAAGGGUUUGCAGAGUUUAUCAUCUAUGUAGUAAGUGUGAUUCGUUAUCAUAUGCGGAAACUGGUUAGCAAGAUGCAACUUUUGAAUGUCGAUCUGGCUGCUUGGAUUGCCAGAUCAGUACAGAGUGUUUUUUCCCAUAUGCUACCUUUUGAUUUCAUUUUACGUAUAUAUGGCGACUUUUUGUUUGAGGGAGAAAUAGUUCUCUGUAGAUACUGCCUUGCACUUGUGAAUUACGCUCAUGACCGCCUGAUGCAGUGCAACACACGUGAGAAUGCGGAGGAGACUUUGUAUCACAUAGGUCUCGACAGUGAGCUUGAUGUAGACACUUUGACUAAGUUAGCGUACAGUUUCAGGCUUAAGUAUUAUAAGGCCGAUGCUACCGGUUGUGGUAUAACUCCUUAUCUGAUGCCGGUGAAAAUCAAGGUAUUUUAUCGUCCACGCAUGUCUGCCUUUUCUAGUGUUUUAAAGGAGUACACUUGGGAACUGCUUUGGUCAUGGUUGUUGCCAGGAUAUCGCAUCUUAGACCCGCAUUUGAUAUACUCGUCGGAUCAUCAUGGGACAUCAAUGCUGGGACUGGUAAAGACUAUUAAGGACAGUAACCGGUUCAACGUUUCAGCCUUUUUGUUUGUUGAAACUACUACUGCAGAUGUAUUUGGCGUAUUCAUUCCCGUAUUGAAUAAUGAGCUGGUAGAUGGUCUUUUCACUUCACAAAAGAUCUCUGAUAAUUUGAAUUCUUUUGUCUUUACGUUGAAGCCUGAAGCUCACAUUUACAAUUGUACGGGUGCUAAUACUGCAGGUGUAAAAAUUGGGACGCAACAAAUUGUGGUUGGUAACGAUAUGCCUGCUCUUAUCCUUGACAAAAAUAUGUCAACUGGUGUAUCACAAUGUUGCCAAUCUUACGAUUCUCCUAAGCUUGUGAGCAGCAAUGAUGGUUAUUUUGACGUACGUACGAUCGAGUUGUGGCAGCUAUAUUAACACGCUUGGCUAAAAUUGCCUUAAUGUGUACA